UGGAUGAUGGUAGUGGUCCUCCUCCUGGUGGGGGUGAGGCCGCCACACUCCCGGGUCAUGAUGGAUGCGGCUUCCCAGAUGGUGCAGAGUGAGAUAUAUGGUGACUUCAUGGUGGUGAUGAACACGAAGGUCGAUGACUCCUCCACCCUAUACACUGUGUCUCUCCCCUCCCUCUGUAAUUGUGUCACUGCGUGUUGGACCACCAAUCUCUGUGACUCGGCGUCAUUUCAAACUCUGGCCGCAGGAGGUGAGUGUCGCUUAUCAACAACCGGUCCUUCAAAAACCGUGGUCGUCUCUGACGAAGACGCCCGCUACGUCUAUUGGUUGGAGUCCGUCAAUGGGAAGACGUGGGUAGGCAGCGACGGCCUGCUCUACUUGGCUCUUUCUCAGUCAAAGAUUUUCAAUGCAGCAGCAGCUUGUGAGAGCAUCCCUGGUGCCCGCCUGGGCGUGUACACCACCAGUGAGUCUUACCAAGACCUCAAGAAAUACAACGACCAAAUCCCCUGGAACGAGAGGAUAUGCGUGGACCUCAAGAAGGUGAACAACAUCCUCACCUGGGGAGAUGGGACGCCCUACUCCAGCACUGAAUCCUUGAGCCCCUUCAAUUACGUCAGCCCCUUCAAUUACUUCAGCGACUGGACCGCUGCUUAUCACACACUCCAAGGAGACACCUUCCACGAUCAAAACUGGGGGGAGUGUUGGGUGCUCUGUCAGUCCAAUGUAACUCUCAACUGAGCCUCGCCCUCAGGAAGGGUGUCGGGCCUGUCGUACACACACAC